UCGUGUUUCGCACCCCGCCCAAGUGCCCGCCCCCCCGCACUUUCCGUCGUCUCUCCACCAGCCUAUCGCAGCGCCGCCCACAAGCCUUGCUUUAGCUCUUCCCACGCAUCCCGUCGUGCCCCGCGCUCGCCUGUGUUCCAGCGAGCUCCGAGGCAUGUGGGCUGCGGCUCGCCGGCUGUGGGGCCUGGGCACCCGGCCGCUCGCUCUGUGGGUUGGCGACGAUAUUGUGCGCCUUCUGGGCCCAGCGCGGGGCCUGCGGGGCUCCACGGCCUCCUAUGGCAACAAGAACUUGCUCAAGAAGUUUGCCUCCAAAACCAGAAAGAAGUUUUGGUAUGAAGGUCCUUCCCUGGGGUCUCACUUGACUUACAAGCCAUCCAAGUUGGAAUCCCUCCUGAAGGCUACCUCAAAGAAGACAAGGAAGGAAGACUAUGUGCGCCUGAGGGCCCUGAACGGCCUCCUCUACAAAGCCCUGACAGAUUUGCUGUCCACGCCAGAAGUGAACCAGGAGGUCUAUGACCUGAAUGUGGAGCUUUCCAAGGUCUCUCUGACUUCAGACUUCUCAGCCUGCCGUGUGUACUGGAAGACGAGUCUCUCUGCUGACCAGAAUAAGCACACAGAAGCUACCCUGCAGAGGAAUGCCGCAUACAUGAGGCACCUUUUGAUGUCCCAACAGACCCUCAGAAAUGUGCCACCAAUAGUGUUUGUCCAAGACCGAAGAAAUGCACUUCUGGCUGAGGUUGAUCAGUUGCUGGAAAUAGCUGAUUUUGGACCUGUAGAUGAAAUAGACAACUCAGCACAACAUGAUUUCAGGAGCCCUGAUGGCCUGUCAUCACAUGAUCCCCCAGGACCUGCCACAUACUCUCAUCUGUCUGGGAUCGAUCAUGAUGCACUCAACAAACAAAUAAUGGAAUAUAAACGGAAGAAUGAGAAAGGACUCCGGGACAUAAACUUGGUGCCACCUGGGCAGGAGCAAAUGGCUAAGCUGCCACAGUGGGUGAGGAAGAGAAGGAAAGCCCCACCCCAAGAAGACCAGGAUAUUUCUCCCAGGAGUUUCCUCUUGGGUGAGGAGAGUGAGGACGAGGAUGAGGACGGUACCCUGGGGUAUGGAUACGAAUCCCAGGAAGGAGAGGAAUGGGAGGCAGAGCCUGGAGGUGGUGGGACACAGCAGGACUUCCAUGGCAGAACAGAGCAAGGGUAGUGUUGAGGCUUUAGGCUGCCUGUGUGGGCCUGUAGGAGAAAAGUGAGCUUUUGUGUGAGGUAUGUGGACUAUACUGCAGAGGACAGUUAUGAAUUGGCUCUUGGUUGUAUUGAGGACUCUCCUGCUGUUCAACCAUCAACAGUGUUCUAUGUAUCUAAACAAAAUUUCCAAUACAGAAGUCACUGUUGUUCUUUCUCCAGCACUCUGUGUGUAAUAAAAAAAAAAUCACCCAGAAAAAUUAAAUAAAUCACUUAUCCCAUCAGUGAGAUCCUCAGACAUGAAGACAGUAAAGCAUCUAGUCCAGGCACAUCCACAAAGCUAGGCUGUAGCCGAAGAGGGCAGGAUGGAGGCUGCAGGUGCUUCGUGCUCUCAUAUCUCAAGAGUGGCUUCCCCUCAACACUUGUGGGCGCAUUUUUCACCUUCUGGUUUAGGCAUGGUUGAACAAAAAGUAUAUGUCAGUGGGAUGAAGGGCUCCCAGGUGAUGCUGGUUGUGCCUGAACUCCAUUCACCUCUGAAAUAAUGACAGACUUGCCUUAGUGCCUCUGUCCAUGGUGGCAUUUUAAAAAAACACCCAUGCAGAUGUCCAACAGGUAGGUCUCUGCCUUUUGAGGAACUUGAGAUCUUGGACACAGGUCGCGAACAGCUUUUCAUUUUAUCAUCUAUAUCAGAAGGAAAAAAACCUGUGCUCCAUCAUAUGAAUUGUCUUGGUUUAUUUAUUUAUUUAUUUAGUUUUUUGGUACCAGAGAUCGAACUUGGGACCUUGUGCUUGCGAGACACCACUGAGCUAAAUCCCACAGAAAAAUCAUUAACAAAAGGUGUAGAUAUGUUAAAAAUGUGGCACUUAAACUAUGGAACAGCAUUAGCUUGCUCAGCUGGGAGUCAGAUUAUGUUUUUUUGUGGGUAUCUUCAAAUGACAAAAGUACUAUAAUUACAACCAGUGACAACCAGAAACUUCUAGUGACAACCAGUGAUAACCAGCAGCUACUGAUAGUUAUAACCACAAACUACUAGUGAUAACCAGUGACACGUAGCAACUGUCAGUAGUAACUGUCAAUAACAACUACUAGUGACAAUCAGCAGCUACCAUUAAUAAUGAGAACCAGCCAGCAGCUACCAAGAGCUAAUAACAAGAAACUGGCCAAUAACAACGAGCAGCUACUAGGAACAACCAGAAAAAGGCUUUGAUACAUUGAGUUUGUGUUCUCUAAAAUUAAAGAAUGAAUUUUAGGAACAACAGGUUAAGAGUAGAAAAAUAUUUAUUGAGAGGAUGACUCCUGAGAGGCAAGAGGGGUCCUGAAUAGGUAGCCAAGGACCCCACUUUAUAUGGAAGUUUAUAGAGCAAAAACCACAUGGGUACAAUGUGGGUUAAAAGUAUGAUCAAUAAGUUUACAAGUAUAGUAGCUUAGAUAAUAGUGAACCAGUGGGGAAACAAGUCACGUAAGUGUAUGGAAAGAACAAAGGCUUCUCUUAGGAAAUGAUGGGUUCAGAGGUCUUGGUCACCCACUGGGGUAACUAAUGUCUGUCUACACUUUAUUAGGCCAGCUCUUAACUCUUGUUCUAUGCGGAAGUACUACAUGCAGGCUUCAUCAUUUUGUCUUAAAUAUUUUGAGUCCUGUUCUCCAAAGAAUGCAUCUCGGGCUGUGGUUGUAUUGUGUUUUGCCUUUAUCCUGACUCUCUCAAGGGCCUAGCCCUAGCUGACUGCCUAUAGUAUUUCUACAACUUAGCCAUCUAUAAUCAUAGCAACACUAUGUUAACCAUUUUGGGGUUGUCAAUUCCUAGAAGUGUUCAUGUUGAUGGGACUGUGAAAGUGAUACAGAAACUGCCACUUUCAUUUCAUUCAGUUACAUAGAUUGGCAUGAGCUCAGGGUUUUGUUUUACUCCAUAGCUAUAUUCUGUUACUGUGUUAUUGUAUUCUGAGUCUUACAUUGACCCCAGUGUGGGCCUUGGUAAUUUGUAUCAAUUUCCUGUGUCUGCCCUAACAAAGCACUAGGGAAAACAAUAAAAAUUUACUCUACCCUAUAGGCCUGGAGUCCAGAGAAAAAAGUAUUUUAGGACCAUCCUUCCUCCCAGGGAGCCAGGAGGGUCCUCUUCAGCCUCAGUGACCCAAAGUGCUAUUGAGCUCUGCCUCCAUCCUCAAUACCUCGCUCUCCAUUUGUCCAGUUCAUUCUCUUAUGCAGUCCUUGAAUUUAGGACCCUACCUUAAGUCCAGGAUCAUCUCAUUUGGAAAUCUUUAAUUAUAUCUGUGAACACCAUACUUCCAAAUGAGGUCAGUUCUGAGAAUGCAUGUCAGCCCACCACAGUACAUCUCAGACUGGCUGCUGUUAUUACAGUUGAGUGGGCUAGUAAUAGUUGGGAUUCUUGUGUGUGAGGAAAGAAUUGCCAAGUGAUGGUAUUGUAGAUAUGUAAGUUAAUUAGAUAUCUUGUUGGCUGUGAGGGCCAGCCUGUGAGGAGCCAACAUGGAGAACAAUCAAUAUACAUUCACUGAAAGCCAGCAUUGUAAAAGGAGAGAAAAUAUUACACCCAUGUAGGAUGAAUAGCAAUGACUGAUAUUCUAAAUAGGUACCAAUCACCUGGGUGGGGGACUGAGAUCUUCCAAUAAAGAUCCCUGACCUGCCCUUUACUGAAAAUCCUUGCUCAUUCCUUGUAAGCUUGCUAUGUGACUUGCAUCCCCAUUGGGUCCCCAUUUAAUCAAUAUCUCCUAAGCAAGUAUACUUGUAAUCGUAUUGGUUGAUCAUGGUUUUGCUCACUUUGCGAUUUCUCUUUGGGUCAGUAUUACCUUAGCAACUGUACUUGGAAUCUUAAUAGUUGACUAUAGUCUCACCUUGAACCCACCUCACCUUGUGGCUCUGUCCCUUAAAACACCUUUGAGAAGCAGGGUCAGUCGGUAGCUCACUUCCUGGGCCCCAUCUGUCUCUCUUAGAAGCUGUCUUUCAAUAUAUUUUUCCUACUCCUAACCUCUGUUGUUU